UACUCGCAACUGAUCGUGAGCGUUUCACGGACGUGACUCGACGAACAAGGUGUUGUACGUGACGGCGAUCGUUUGUCAACUCCAUGUGUAUCUUCCUGACAGUGUUGGAAUGUCGGUGAUACAGCGGUAGUGGAAGUGAAGAGAAAACAUGGCACGUGCUGAGACCGAUGUGGUAGUGUUUUCCAGUGCGGAACGAAGCUUGUGGAUACACUUACGACUGAGGAUUGUAUGGUUGGCUGUGGUAGCUGCGCUUCUGUGGUGCGACUCGACCGGUGCGGAUGAAAUCUCCAGACCUCGGUUCGCGGUCGAACCUCCGAAUCGAAUCGCCUUCAGCAAUUCUACAGGGGCAGCCAUUCCCUGCACAGCAAGUGGCUAUCCUCCUCCCGCAAUCACGUGGCUAGAUCACGAAGGAUUGCCGGCGGCAGAUACGAGGAUAUUGAACGGAUUACGUCACAUCCGGGAAGAUGGUUCCCUCGUCUUCCGUCCAUUUACGGAACGAGAAUAUUCUGCAGACGUACACCACGCCACCUACCGGUGUUCGGCGACGAAUGUGGCAGGCACCAUCGUCAGCAGGGACGUCAAAGUUCGAGCAGUGGUGCUGGAGGAGUUCGAAGCGCACGUGCACGACGAUUACGUCGCACGUGAUGCGACGGCGCUGUUCCGCUGCCACGUUCCCAGCAACAUGAGGCAGUAUCUGAGCGUCGACCAUUGGGCACGGGACGACGGUCUUCUUAUCAGCUACGACGACCAUAUCGGAGGGCAAAGACCGAGGUAUCACGUGACUGCAGAUGGAGACUUGCUCGUCUUCGACGUCUCCGCCAAACGAGAUGCCGGGCGAAGGUACAGGUGUCACGUACGACACCGUCUCACGGGGGACGUGAGAGCCAGUGUCAGCGCUGGGAGUUUAUUUCUAACAGAGCCAAGCAAUAGGACACCACCUCGCAUCAUCAAAGGGCAGUCGACGGUCGAUAUCGUCCCUGGGAGGGACGCCAUUUUGCCGUGCUUAGCACGCGGUCACCCCACGCCGACCGUACGAUGGUAUCGACGGACGGGACCACGUUCCGGUAUGGUUCCCAUAUCGGUCUCAGCAGCCGCCGCUAGCGCUUCUUCGUUCGUGCUACCGGGACUUCUGAUUCUGCGUAGUCCUCACGAUAUCAUUCAAGGACGCUACGUGUGCUUAGCGAACAACAGCCUCGGAGAAGACAGAUUAGACACGGAACUAAUCUUCAGGCAAAAUGUCAGCGUAACCGUAAACCCUGAAGACGUUCGUGCUGAACUGGGCCGGCAGCUCACAUUCGAAUGCAGCAUCAGAGGAAUAUCUGGAGAACCCAUACGAGGUGGUAUAGCCUUCACUUGGUUGCACGAUGGAGUUGCUGUACCUUCGACGAGACUUCGAGGCGAAAAUCAGAAGUUGCACAUCGCUUCCGUGAAGCGGGAAGAUGCUGGUGUCUAUCAGUGCCUUGUUCUCCUGAGAGAUGUGUCGGCUCAAGGAAGCGCACAACUGAGAAUACGUGACUCUCAUACGAAACGGAGUAUUCAGACAAGAGUAAACAGACGUUGGAACCCCGUAGGGAGUUACCUCAAACCACGAAAAGAAUCUCAACCAGAUCUGAAGUACGUCUUCGGUAAGAUGCUGGUGGACGUCGGGGAACGCUUUUCUCUACGUUGCGUGGCGGCGGGAAGCCCUCUUCCUCGCGUCACCUGGGCUCUGGACGGCCGAGCCGUCUCCGAAAGCCAUCGCGUACAUUACGGCGACUUCGUUAGCGCCGCGGGCGAAGUUAUCAGCUACGUCAACGUGACGUCGGUGACGAGGGACGACGGCGGCCUGUACCGCUGCGAAGCGACCAACGACCUGGGCACGGCCUGGCACGCCGAGCGGGUAGACGUCAGAGGUCCACCGAGAGUGCGACACAUGGGAAACCUUACAGUGACAUCGGGGACGACGCUGGUCUAUCACUGUCCCUACACUGGCCAUCCAUCGCCUAAAGUUACUUGGAGCCGAGGCGGUCGAGACUUACCCCACAACGAGAGGCAGAGAACAUUCGAGAACGGAACGCUCAUCGUACUCGACGUGAACCGGGAGGCUGACGAAGGAGUCUACACCUGCAAAGCGUCCACCGGAAAGCUGCAAGCUCGAGAAGACUUGAGAGUAAAGAUUAUAAAGAAGACGGUGCUGAAUCCAUUCAGUUUUCCCAAGACGCUCGCCGAAGGAAUGCAAGUCGUCAUUACGUGCUCCGUGCGCUCGGGAGAUCCGCCAAUCAAGAUUUGGUGGCUUAAGGACGGCGUGCCUUUCAGCAAGACGCAGCUCAACAUUCACGAGUCUUCAUUGGGAGACCUGGGUUCCAAUCUAGUCUUUAACGAAGUCGGCCGCGCGCACAACGGUCGCUACACGUGCGUUGCGGAAAACGACGGUGGGAUUACGAACCACACAGCCGAACUCAUCGUGUUUGUGCCUCCAAAAUGGAAGAUUGAACCAGCUGACAAGUCGAGUGUCGUGGGAUCAACGGUUAUCUUUGACUGCCAAGCUGAUGGCCACCCGCAACCUCUAAUACGCUGGAAGAUUGCUCUCGAGGACGACCCUACGAAAGCGUUCAAGUCUAUUAUAAGCAACUACCACAUGCAAAUGUUCGAAAACGGCUCCCUGAUAAUCAACGACGUUGGACCCGGGGACGCGGGAAAAUACUUGUGCGAAGCGACCAAUGGCAUCGGUGCUGGUAUCAGCACUGUUGUUCGUCUGUCUGUGCACGUGUCGGCACAUUUCAAAGUGAGCUACCACUCUCUGGUGGUCAACAAAGGUGACCAUGCGAGACUCUCCUGCGAGGCGUUUGGUGAGAGGCCCAUCAGCAUUUCAUGGAAGAAAGAUAAUCUCGUACUGGACCACCGAUACAUCUCCAGCUUCUCCCAAGAAGACACUCCAACUUCCGAAGGCCUAUCGUCCUCUCUAGUGUUUGCGGCCACCGAUCGGGCCGAUUCGGGUCUCUACACCUGUGUCACAUCGAACAAGUAUGGACGCGAUGAAACUAACAUCAAAUUACUCGUCCAGGAAACACCGGACCCACCCGAUGACAUUCGUGUCAUCGAGGCAGCGAGUCGUCGUAUUUUGCUCAGAUGGAACGUGCCUUUUAAUGGAAACAGUGAAGUCCUGGGCUAUAUCAUCCAGUGGAAACCGGUCACAGGUUCGUGGCAGAAGGAUCUACGUCAAAUGGAAAUCUCGGGAACCAACACGUCUGCUCUGAUCGACAACCUGCAGCCAAUCACAGCGUACCACGUAAGAGUGCUCUCGGUGAACCAGCUGGGCCGGAGCGAGCCGAGUUCUAUGAUAUCCAUCACUACGGAUGAGGAAGUGCCUUCAAGUCCACCAGCGGACGUAGCCGUGGUACCGAUAUCGUCGCAGUCAAUGAAGGUCUCCUGGAAGUCUCCACCUAAUUUCUCUUCCCACGGACGAAUCCGUGGGUACUAUGUGGGUUACAAGCAAGUGGGCACGGGAGACGCGUUUGUCUACAAGACCAUUGACGUUCAAGAAGGAUUUGUGGCGGAGAUCACCAUCAAUAACUUGAAGCGGUCAACCAAGUACAGCGUCAUCGUACAGGCUUUCAAUGGGAAAGGGGCAGGACCGGCUUCCACAGAAGUGAGCGCUCAAACGUACGACCAUGAUCCUCCAUUGCCUCCUGUCCUGCGAGUCCUGACAACUACAGCCACAGCCAUUACUAUUAACUGGGAAUUCAUCCAGAAGGAUGAUACGCCAAUCACAGGUCUGAUACUCUUCUGGAAGGCGGAGAAUGGCGACUGGAGUGAACGGGCUGUGAGCGGCGGAUCCUCAAUAGCCGGAGCCACAGACACGCACACGCUAGAGGCCCUCAACUGCGGAACGCGCUAUCACCUCUACGCUGUGGCCUUCAACCAAGUUGGACGCAGCGAACCAAGCGCGAGCGUCAGCGCUACAACGGCCGGGGGAGCCCCGGUUGCACCGGACAAGAACGAGCUACUGAUAUCAAAUUCGACGGCCGUGUCGCUGAACCUCCGCUCGUGGAAAGAUGGCGGAUGCGCCAUUCGGUAUUUCGCCGUGCAGUACAAACUGCGCGGUCAACGCGAUUGGACAGCCCUUCCCGAGACAAUCGAGGCCUCGAACGCCGACGUCUACACCCUGACCAAACUCCAACCGAGCUCCUGGUACCAUCUCCUCAUGUCUUCGAACAACGACGCGGGAUCCACAGAGGCCCAGUUCAUGUUUGCCACUCUUACGCCGAGCGGAGCCACCAUUCCACCGAUGACCCUGCAUCCAGAAGAGAGUACGGGCAGCUUUCCGAAGAGUGUUACUCUUGUCAUCCCUGUGGUGUGCGCUUUCAUCGUCCUUCUGGUCAUCGGUGUGGUUGUGUACAUGGUGUGUUCCCGAAAAGGCCGCUCACACGACUACGGUACAACGGCACAUGCUUCAGAUCGUGCGUGCAGCGUGGACUUGAAGGGUGACUCCAUUUCCAUGGCGUCGGUGGGGAAGAAGAUAUACGAGGCACCGCGCAGGGACCCCAUCUAUUUUCCCUCUCCUUAUGCCACCACGCAUAUCUCCGUUUACUCUGCCGAGAGCGAGUCACCCUCGGGUGGGCCCAGAGUCCAGCCCCAACAACACGUCGGUGGUAAUGGAGCCACGACGGGUCGACCGGACCACACAUACGAUGUGCCUUUCCCUCCUAAACAGUACCCGAGUCAACCGUCGAGGGAGUUCAAUGAAGAGUCCCACUACACAUCAAUAUUUAGGACGAAUCCCGCAACCACGGGAGAGGGCCAGUGGGACGAGCUGCUCGUGGAGAGGGCCGCUUACGGAGGAGACUCUGGAAGCACGGGAGAAGUUCGCUACGACCGCCUUCCCCGACAGCGGUUCAGUCUCACCAAGGUGGAGCAGAAGGGCGAAGGGUUGUCUGACGAAGACAGCAAUCCCGAUGAGAUCGACAGUCGGGGUUUCGAGGGCAACACCGCGUCGGAAAACCUAGAAAUGUCAGAAGCGGAGUGUGAUAGAGACUUUCAGAUUUACGCCAAAAAAGGAAGGAACCUGUCUCUAGCACAGUACGCCAAGACAAGACCUGUGCACACUGCUUCGUACGUCACCUAUCACUGAGCCCAGCCUCCCGAUAGGAGGUCACUCAGGAUGUGUGAUUGGGAUCUAAUCCUAUCAGAAGCACGUAUCUCUGAAAUAUCGCCAUCGUCGCAGCAGAAUCCCGUACCCGAAAUACGGGACGUUUGCUACCAUCUCUGUUUCGAAGUCACGCUCGUGGAUUCACCAACACGAAGGUCUAUUUUCUAGCACGUGCAUCGCUAAACCUUCCCAUGUUGGCACCCAUGACAACGUCUACUCGAAAUAACCGUUUGGUGACAGGACUGUGUUGAUGUGGUGAGUUGUUACACUGGUAAUACUUCUGUGGUGUGAAACACAAUGGAGACAGCGUUACUUCCAAACACUGUUGAGUGAGCACAUUGUGAACGUUCAAGAUAAUGGUGUUUCUCAGACGCCGCGGCCAUGUGCUGUGUCAACCAGCAUCUCGUGCUUCCAUUUGCUAUGCCGUCGAUGUAAGAAGAACUGAUACAGUGAACAUUGUGUGCGCACGUGAACUAUAAAUAGUUCUUAAUAUAUGCCGAGUUUUAUGAAGGCUGGUAUGCUUGAUAGGCAAGUGUAAGGAAGUGUGAACGCCAAGCUUACAAUACAGCGGGUGCCGGAAGCCGUACUUGCGUGCUUCGAAUGCGAGACAAGAAAUAUGUGGUUGGUUAAGAAUGUAUGACUUACUGUUGUUUUCAGUUUAUUUAAAGUGAACGGUGGAUAGUUUACACAAUAUUUUUUGUGCGAAGUUCACGUAUAUUACUUUUGGGGGCGAAGAUCCUUCACGUCGGUCGUGUUUGUGUCACCAAAACGAAAUUCCUGUUCAGUGAAUUUAUAACUGACUAGGAACAGAAUGGUGAACCCGAUUCAAAAGCCGGUCACACCAGCAAGACGGUUUCUUACAAAGCAAGAGGCGAAAAAGAACCUUUCCAUUUAAAGUGUACGACUUAAAGCAAUUGAAAUCCGUUUACGCAACAUAGUUAUUACAGAUAAAUACAAAUAAAAUAAAUAAAAUACAGAUAAAUUUUA